UCGUCUGCGCCUGCGUACUGAGUGUAAUGAAAGGUAGCAUCAAAGCCUUGUAGCGUUUGGGUCAUCUAGUUUGUUCGGGGAAAUCUGUCAUCAUCGGAGAUUACCCCACGAUUUACUAGUUUUGUGUAAUCUAUCUGUGUUUUAGAUUAAUUUCACGAUUUAAAGGUGAUGCGAUUACUAGUACAAAUAGACUAAAUACGAGAGAAAUAGCGUAUUUAGUUACAGCCCGGAAUCGCUGCUGUAACGCUAUCGACGGUUAGCAUUAGCAGCUAGGACCGCGGCCCAAGCUUGUUAGAUUUACACAAAACGGGACAAUUGUCCAGUUUUUUUUAUUAGACUUUUAACCAACACAUUGCUGCCUAAUGGCUUGUGGGGCUACUCUGAAGAGGACCAUGGACUUUGAUCCACUCAUGAAUCCUGCUUCGCCCAAGAGAAGAAGAUGCGCUGGGAUCAUGUCUCCGGUCUCUUCACCGCAAAAGUAUCUUCGAUUAGAGCCUUCGCCUUUUGGAGAAGUGUCUUCUAGGAUUACCACAGAGCAAAUUUUACACAAUAUCAAACAAGAGUAUAAGCGGCUGCAAAAGCGACGACACCUGGACACUGUUUUCACACAGGACGGCUGUUGUCCUCUGGACCUGCAGCAUGUUCCCAGUGGAUCUGUCCUACCAGGUGCAUCUCCAGGUGGUUCAUCCCCCACCAGGAAAGAGCAGCCUCUGUUCUCCCUUAGACAAGUUGGGAUGAUUUGUGAAAGACUACUGAAAGAACGUGAGGACAAAAUCCGUGAAGAGUAUGAAGAGAUACUGACGACCAAGCUGGCAGAGCAAUAUGAUACAUUUGUUAAAUUCACACAUGAUCAGCUGAUGCGACGGUUCGGGGAACAGCCUGCCAGCUAUGUUUCCUGAGUUUCACCAUCAGACAUCAGGGAUUAUUGUUUGCUCCUCCUGGGGUGCAGUUGGCCCGACUUUGACUUCCCUCCCUCCUGGCUGUGCCCUGUUACCUCCGUGGACUUCACUGCCUCAGGCGGCAUCUAGUUGACUUCUUCAGUUUUGCAGAGUCUGAGUCUGGAGGAGGGUUUCCUGCUGCCAACGUGUCAGGGGUCACGGUCACUCUCCCGGUGACCUCCAACUGCCAUGUUCAUAUUUAUUUGGCUUUAUCCUGAUGCCUUCAUAAAGAAUCCGACUGCCAACACACAUUAGGCCUUUACAUUUGAUUUUAAUUUUUCCUUCAGAUCAAGAUAUUUUAAAGUGCAGGUUGUUGUGCAGCAUCUUUUUGUACAUUUUUUUAAAGGGAUUGAACCUUGAACUGAGACAACCUUUUGACUGGACUCCAUAAACUGUAGUUUUUUUUUUGUUUUUGUUUUUCUGAUGUUUUAAAACAGUAUCGGUGGUUACUGCGAUGACAUUUGUAUACACUGUGCUUUUUAUCUUUGCUUGAUUUUUAAUCAUUGUAUUAUAAUUUCAUUUAAUUUGCUGUAGGUAUAAAUGGGGCUGUGUUUCAAGAAAAAAAAUGAACAAAUAAAGUGCAUAUGGUAUGAAUGCAUACUCUUACCCAAA